UCCAGUGGCCGCGGCAGCGCGCAUGCGUGAGCCCAGCAGAGCGGCGAGAGCCCGGCAUGGCGGCCGGGGGGGCGGGGGGCGCGGCGGGGGCGGCCGGGGGGGCGGCGGGGGGCGCGUACAGCCUGGGCCUGGCCAACGAGCGGCUGCGGCUGCUGGAGGAGCUGGAGCGCGAGAUCGGGGCGGCGCUGCAGUGCGCAGGGACGGUGACCCUGGAGCUGUCCAAGGAGAAGCCCAACGAGCGGCUGCUGGACCGGCAGGCCGCGCAGUUCGCCGCCUCGGUGCAGAAGGUGGAGGCCGAGCUCUGCGCCCAGAUCCGCUACCUGACCCAGGUGGCCACGGGGCAGCCCCACGAGGGCUCCAGCUACUCGGCCCGCAAGGACUGCCAGAUGGCCCUCAACCGCAUCGACUACGCCCGCCUCAAGCUGGGGGAGCUCUGCCGGGCCUGUGAGCAGACCCCCGAGUAGCCCUCUCCCGUGCAGCCGCCUCCCCUGGGCUGCCAGGCACCGCGAGGGGCCUCCACACCUGUGCCACACCUGUGUGCGUGUGUGUGACGUGCCUUUCCUUUUGACAAGGAUGCACCACAAACACAUGACAACAUUCCAGGCUCGGCGCACGUUUAAGGGGUCCACGGCGCACACAUUGAUGGCCAGGGGUAUGUCUCCCGUGAUGCACUCAGUGUGGUUCACUGUGGAUGAAGGCCUCUGCUAGCAGGCCUGACUGCGAAGCAGAGCAGGUCUUCUGGAGCAUCAACAGGAAGUGGACGUUGCCAGCAUUUCCCCCUGUGUUGCAGUCUGCCCAUCUCCGGGUGACUUCUGGAGGAGGGUACUUUUUGAAGCUGUCUUUUUGUAGGAAAAAAAAGUUGUAUGUAUCUA